UCGGUGUCACUUCAAAAUAUUUUCUCGGGCAGCGUUUUAUGCCGCAGAUAUGUAAAUUUGUAUAAAUGUUCAUUAAUUGUAGCUUAUGUAAACAAAGCAUAAGUAUUUUAAGAACAUAAACAUUGUGAAUAGUAUUUUAACAUCAUAAAGUAACUUGAAGGUACAACAUUGUUUUAAAACUCGUACUUGUCAACUUAUCAAGUACAAGCUGUACAAUGGCUAUGGCUAUGAGAAAACGUAGCGGUUCUGGCUCUAAAAGGCACUUGAAAGAGAAGGUGGUACAGAUAUACGAAUCGUUCUUCAGAGGAGAAGACCUGACGAGCGAUAAUCCAACUUUUUGGGAUGAAUUCUUCCUUUUGAAGCCGAAAAUUCCGCAGCUGGAAGCCGAGAUAAACAAACUGUCGGUGGAGCAGCUGCUCAAUAUGAAGGACAACAUGAACCUGCUUGUGGCUCAGUGUAUUGAAAUGUUGGGUCAAGAGCACCAUAUAAGGUUAGUGUAUGCACUUCAGACACUAAGUGCUCUGUUGAUGACCAUGUAUCAGCGGCUGGGCGCAGAGCCUAACAAUGUGAAAACUAUUCUGAUUGGGUCAGAAAAUGCAGAUGCCAAGAUGCAAAAGCUGCUGGAACAUUGUAGUUCAACACUGUCAGGUGAUGUCCCAGAAAGUUUGAAGUCUAUGGUUUUAAAGCUGCUGCUAAUAGUCGCGACAGGCAUAGAUAACAUAGAUGACAACCCUCUGGUGGAGUAUGUGAUGACAAAUUCAUUAUUUGAGCCUCUGAUGCAGUUGCUGUGCACUUCUACUGAGAGGCAACAACACGGAUACGAUGUGGUAAUGCUACUCAUGUUUUUGGUGAGCUACAAAAAGCAGGAGUCUACUAAUCCCUAUGUAGUCAAACUGUCAAUACUUGAUGAUGAACUGGCACUAAAUGGCUACGGCCAAGUAAUAACGGCAGCGCUGAACGAUUUCGUAAUGUCGGUGUUCGGCGGCAUGCAGGGCAAUACAGGCGGCGGAUGGCUUUCUUCCCUUACCAGUAUGGUGGGCGGGAUAUUCCUCACCAGUGACGAUACUCAGCCGGUCGUGAGGGGACAAAGAAAUAGCGGCGGCGAAGAAGGCAUGCUCCUCGCCCUCUACGAAGCGGCGCACCUGAACCGCAACUUCAUGACGACCCUCGCGCACUCGUCCGCCGCCGCCUCCGCGCCGCCCUCACCCCCGGCCACUCUACCUCCGCAACAGAGUCCACCUAAUCCGGCCCAAAUCCAGGCGCUAGACAACGAGCAGCCAACAAACCUGCUCGUCACUUUCUUCCAAUAUUGUUCAAUAGUGAUGGCGGACACGAAGACUGAGAGCAGUGUCAACAAAUGCAGUCUUUGCUUCAUCACGCUCACUUGCAUCGUCGAGGAACAGUUCGCAAACUCCAUCAUGCACGACCAGAAUCUUACUUUUAAGGUACAAUUAUAUAGACUGCCUAUGCGUCAUAGGAAAAUAGUUCCAGAGGAGGCACCGUCCCAACCACUAGCUUCUACUUUAAUAGAUCUUCUUGUAGAAUUCAUGAUGUGCCACCUAUUAAAGAAAUUCCCCGGCGAACUCUACGAGCUCUGCGUCGGUGUGCUACUGCGGCUACUUAGCUACCAGAAGCGAUGUCGAGUCCGCUUAGCGAGAGAUUGGAGGCCUCUAUGGGCGGCUCUUAUAGCGCUGUUGAAGUUCCUAGUGACCAAUGAGAGCACGCUGCUUAGGAGACACAAUAUCUUCAUCAUGGCACAACAAGUGGUGAACAUCUUCAAUCUAUUCAUCACAUUCGGUGACACAUUCCUGCCAACGCCAGCUUCCUACGAUCAACUAUACUACGAGCUUAUUAGGAUGCACCAAGUUUUCGACAACCUGUUUUUCAUGGCACUUCGCUACUCGACCGGCGACGGCGAGUUCAAGGCGGAAGCCCUACGGCUGGCCAACUGUCUAGUGAACGUCCGCGCCAUCAUACAACACUUCUCGCCCAAGAUCGAGUCUUGGCUCAACUCGCAGAGCCUGUCCACGCCUACCGAGGAUCAGAUCCUAGAAGUGGUCCGCAAGAACUACGACAGCCUAAUCCUCAAACUGCAAGAGGGGUUGGAGUGCUACACGCGCUACUGCGAGCGGUCGCACCGCGCGCUGCUGGCGCGCCUGCUGCCCGUGGCGGCCGCGCACGCGCGACACUCCAGCGACGCCGCGCAGCUGCACCGGCACACUGCCGCGGCGCUAGUGCACUACACCGCUAUACAGUGAAACUGCAGGAGGGGUUGGAGUGCUACACGCGCUACUGCGAGCGGUCGCACCGCGCGCUGCUGGCGCGCCUGCUGCCCGUGGCGGCCGCGCACGCGCGACACUCCAGCGACGCCGCGCAGCUGCACCGGCACACUGCCGCGGCGCUAGUGCACUACACCGCUAUACAGUGAAACUGCAGGAGGGGUUGGAGUGCUACACGCGCUACUGCGAGCGGUCGCACCGCGCGCUGCUGGCGCGCCUGCUGCCCGUGGCGGCCGCGCACGCGCGACACUCCAGCGACGCCGCGCAGCUGCACCGGCACACUGCCGCGGCGCUAGUGCACUACACCGCUAUACAGUGAAACUGCAGGAGGGGUUGGAGUGCUACACGCGCUACUGCGAGCGGUCGCACCGCGCGCUGCUGGCGCGCCUGCUGCCCGUGGCGGCCGCGCACGCGCGACACUCCAGCGACGCCGCGCAGCUGCACCGGCACACUGCCGCGGCGCUAGUGCACUACACCGCUAUACAGUGAAACUGCAGGAGGGGUUGGAGUGCUACACGCGCUACUGCGAGCGGUCGCACCGCGCGCUGCUGGCGCGCCUGCUGCCCGUGGCGGCCGCGCACGCGCGACACUCCAGCGACGCCGCGCAGCUGCACCGGCACACUGCCGCGGCGCUAGUGCACUACACCGCUAUACAGUGAAACUGCAGGAGGGGUUGGAGUGCUACACGCGCUACUGCGAGCGGUCGCACCGCGCGCUGCUGGCGCGCCUGCUGCCCGUGGCGGCCGCGCACGCGCGACA